AUGACGAAGAGUUAUGGCCGCAUUGAUAUACCUGUUAUACUGUUGAGGAGGAGUCCCUCGAGACCAGCGAUCGCUAUGGGCUCUGAUUAUGACUCUUGGUGCUUCCCCCUCCCCGAUACUGUAUGCUUCUAUACUGAGCUGGCAGGGCCACAGGGCACCCCGUGUGAUAAUGGAAUUUACAAGUCGGAGAUGUUUUUACCCGAGGGGUAUCCUAUGGAGCCCCCAAAGGUCCGCUUCCUUACGAAGAUAUAUCAUCCAAAUAUCGACAAGUUGGGUCGUAUAUGUUUGGAUAUUCUCAAGGAUAAAUGGUCCCCGGCACUUCAAAUGAGGACCGUCCUACUCUCCAUUCAAGCAUUGCUAUCCGCCCCUGAGCCCGAUCCCCUGGAAACCGGUGUCGCUGAGCAUUUCAAACACAAUAGGGCAGAAGCGGACAACAUUGCCCGGAGCUGGAACCAGAUCUAUGCGAUGCAUAAAAACAGUUGUGAAGUGUCGCUGUGA